AUGACGUUGAUACUGGUGCUGCUGUUUCUGAAGAACAUUUGCGUGUUCCUGAACAAGCUUGUGCUGCGCUGUUACAACUCGUUCCUGAUUCACCCGCACCACCACCCGGACGGUGGCAAGCACGGCCACGGCUGGGGAGGCGGCGGAGGCGGCUGGGGAGGUAGCGGUCCCGGAAGCGGUAGCGCCGGGCACAGCAGCGGGGGACACGGUACCGGCCUCGGUGUACGGCCGCGCCGCAACCGUCGGAACCGGGCCGAGCAGCUACUGAUGGUGAGCCGGGAACAGCAGCCAGGAGCGCAGGGUGUCGGUGAAGGGACAGGUGUCCGGCCCCAGCACUACAGUCACCACUACUACUGA